UCUUCUUCUUUUCCCCUUUCCUUUGUCGUCUCUCACCAAAACCCCCACCGCCAAUCCCAUUAUUAGCUAAAAAGGUCUCUCCACCUCGCAGAUUCUUCAAAGGUUAAUAAAAAUGGCGGAUUCUGAAGGAUUAACUCAUAGAAGAGAACCAAUCAAGUCAUCAGUUGGUAAUGUUGCUGCACAUCGAAGACGGCAGCAUGCUGUGACUGUGGGAAAAGAGAGGAGAGAUGCAUUGGUACGAGCAAAACGUUUAUGUAGAGGUGGAGUUAGUAAUGAUAUGGAUAUUCCUAUUGAGAGUGAAGAAAUGAUGAUAGAAGAAGAACAAUCAGUUCUAGAGGCUAAGACUGCUUCAGCAGUGGAAGAACUAAAGUUUUCUAUUUCCUAUCAGGGGAAAGGAGCAUUGCAGAAAAAGGUGACUUCGCUUCGUGAAUUAAGGCGUUUAUUGUCAAAAUCUGAAUAUCCCCCUGUUGAAGCUGCUCUGAGUAGCGGUGCCAUACCUUUACUUGUGCAGUGUCUUUCAUUUGGCUCUCCAGAUGAACAGUUGCUGGAAGCAGCUUGGUGCCUUACCAACAUAGCGGCAGGUCAACCAGAAGAAACUAAAGCUUUGUUGCCUUCAUUGCCAUUGCUUAUUGCUCAUCUUGGAGAAAAGAGUUCCUCGCAUGUUAUAGAACAAUGUGCAUGGGCGAUUGGGAACGUUGCUGGUGAGGGGGAGCUCAGAAAGGUUCUGCUAUCACAAGGAGCCUUACCACCUCUUGCAAGAAUGAUGCUGCCAGAUAAGGGUUCUACCGUGAGAACAGCUGCAUGGGCUCUUUCAAACUUAAUCAAGGGUCCUGAUCCUAAAGCUGCAACAGAACUAAUUAGGGUGGAUGGGGUGCUUGAUGCACUCCUUCGUCACUUGAGAAAAGCGGAUGAGGAUCUGGCAACUGAAGUGGCUUGGGUUGUUACCUAUCUUUCAGCUCUUUCAGAUGUUGCUGCAAGCAUGUUAGUCAAAAGUGAUAUCCUCCAACUACUCGUUGAAAGAUUGACUACGACAAAUAGCUUGCAGUUACUGAUUCCAGUGCUGCGUAGUCUUGGUAAUCUUGUGGCUGGUGAUGCUCGUACAACAACACUUAUUCUCAUUCCUGGACAGGGAAUCACAGAAAAUACAGUAGUUGCGUUAACUAAAUGUCUGAAAAGUGAGCAUCGUGUUCUUAAGAAGGAAGCAGCUUGGGUGCUGUCAAACAUUGCAGCCGGUUCAAUUGAACAUAAACAAUUAAUAUAUUCAAGUGAAGCUGUUCAAGCGUUGUUACGACUUCUUUUGACAGCACCUUUUGAUAUAAAGAAGGAAGUUGCAUAUGUUCUUGGUAAUCUCUGUGUUGCACCUUCAGAUGGUGGUACAGGAAGGCCAAAUUUGAUUAUGGAACACUUGAUCUUUCUAGUUUCCAAAGGUUGUCUUCCAGGUUUCAUUGAUCUGGUUAGAUCUGCUGAUCUAGAGGCUGCUAAAUUAGGUCUCCAGUUCUUGGAGCUGGUUUUAAGGGGUAUGCCAAAUGGUGAGGGUCAAAAAUUGGUUGAGAAUGAAGAUGGAAUUGAUUCAAUGGAAAGAUUCCAUUUUCAUGAGAACGAUGAACUCAGAAACAUGGCUAAUGAGUUACUCGAUAAGUAUUUUGGAGAUGACUAUGGCCUCGACGAUGAAUAGAACUGAAUUAUGAAAAGAAACAAUAACAGGUGUGUUAGAUAAGAUAGCGAGUGAUCACGUCAGUUUGGUCUGGUUUUGAAAAUCGAUGUGUUUGACUAUGGCCCCAAUUGACUGUUUAUUUGUUUGUUUUUACUUGCUGAAAAUCCCAGUCUUAUUGUAUUAAUCCAAAUUCAACUCAUUGGUUUGUUUUCUCCAUUUAGAGUGUAAGAAGGUUUGAAUUUGUUAUAUUUGUUAAAUAUUACCCUAUGUGCUCGUUU